AUCUGGACCGAUUCCAUUACUCACUUGGGCCCUUCUCACUCCCUCUUCACCAUACAAAACUUUGUUUCGCAGGUUUCGACGGUUUACUACCGGUUAGCAAAGGGAUGCCUGUCGGAAUCGAAGCUUGGUUGACCCAGAUACCACCAAUAACGCGUGCUUGGCUAGCGCUAUCUGUCGCCACGAGUUUAGCAGUGCAAUGUCAGCUCGUAACACCUCUGCAGCUGUAUUUCAGUUUUAAAUCCGCUUUUACCAAUGCUCAACCGUGGCGUAUGGCCACGACAUUCUUUUACUUUGGGUCGAUAUCACUCGACUUCAUCUUCCAUCUUUUCUUCUUCAUGCGAUAUAGUCGGAUGUUAGAAGAAUCCUCGUUUGCCAACAGAAAGGCCGAUUACUUUUGGCUGCUUCUGCUGUCAUCCGUAAUGCUAUUGGCCAUGUCUCCCUUAUUCAACCUCCCCUUUCUCUCCUCCUCGCUCGCCUUCGUACCCAUAUAUAUGUGGUCCCGUCGGCAUCCAUCCACACCAAUAUCGCUCUUUGGAUUGUUCACAAUCUCAGCGCCGUACCUGCCAUUAGCACUUGUAAUUUUCUCCUGGGUAAUAAGUGGAACAUGGAAGGCGGCGGCAGGAGAUCUAAUUGGGUGUGCGGUCGGUCACAUUGGAUGGUUCCUGCGAGAUGUCUGGCCAAGAGAGAUGGUUGGAGGGUACUCGGUACUGACAGAAGCACCUGAUGGGCUGAGGAGAUUAUUCGGAGACCUCUGAGCAAAUCUUCAGUGUAUUUGAUUCCUUCCUAGGGAAGAAAGAGCCGCGCUGCUACUGAGGCGGGAAGAGAAAUCAUUAUGAAUUCAUUGCUUCUGUGUUUGAUGAAGCAAUUUCCUUACGUUGCUGCAGUCGGGACCGUGAUCACGUCUUAUGUUAUCUGAACUCAUAUGUGUCAUUGUGCCAUCAAUGGCUCUUUCAAAACACUUGUCGUUGCUGUCAACUUUUUGUAAUGUCUUGCCUUGGC